CCGCAAACGUAAACACUGUCGUGGCAGACGAAGGUUCGAGGAUAGGUCCUCACGCUUGAAAGAUGUUGCGCCGUAGGAGAACCACUCUCCAGACGGUGAAGAGCCUCGAUGCUUUCCCAAAAACUUCUGAAGAAUGUGUGGAAUCUACACCUACAGGAGGCACAAUGUCAUUACUAAGCCUCACAGUGAUGGUGUGGCUGGUUGUGAUGGAAAUCAUGUACUACAUGGAAACCAGCUUCAAGUUUACCUUCAAGCCCGACACAGAUUUUUCAGAAAAACUCAAGAUUAACGUUGACCUGACUGUCGCCAUGCCUUGCAAGUAUGUUGGGGCAGAUGUGCUUGACAUGACAGGUGAGCAAGUCAUGACAUUUGGUGAGCUGGAGAUGGAGGACACGUGGUGGGAGCUGGAUCCUGACCAGCGGGCGCACUUUGAUGGUGUUCAGAGGGUGAACAGUUAUCUCCGAGACCAGUUUCACUCCAUCCACGAGUUCCUGUGGCGAAGUGGAUACACAAAUAUUUUUGGUGACAUGCCUCCAAGACGCCGAUUUCCACAGAAAGAAAAAGAUGCAUGCCGCAUUUAUGGACAUCUUGGAAUCAACAAAGUGGCUGGAAACUUUCAUAUAACUGCAGGUAAAUCCAUCCCACUGCCAAGAGGCCAUGCUCACUUGGCUGUGUUUAUGGACGAGCAGGACUACAAUUUCACACACCGCAUCGACAAAUUGUCUUUUGGCGAUGCUUCACCUGGGGUCCUGCACCCUCUGGAAGGAGAUGAGCAGAUUGCUGAGAAAAACUUUUUAACCUACCAGUACUUCAUUAUGGUUGUGCCAACUAAGGUUGAUACAUACAGUCACCGUGGAUCUACUUUUCAAUACUCAGUAGCCGAACAGCACCGUGAAAUAUCCCAUGAAAAGAAUUCGCAUGGCACUCCCGGGAUUUUCUUUAAAUAUGACGUCUCGGCCUUGAAAGUGGAGGUUGUAGAAAGGCAUGAACCUUUCCUUGAAUUCUUAACAAGAUUAUGUGGCAUUGUUGGAGGAAUAUUUACAUGCUCUGGUUUGGUAAGCCGUUUUGUAGGCUUCUUGGUAAACUGCUUCACAUGCCGCUACUUCAUGGCCCAAAAGACAGCUAGCACUGAAGAAGAAACAUCAAAGCAGUCAGUUGUACCAUCAGCAUCCUUGCUUCAGGCAGUGAAUCUGUCACCAUCAGAUGUUGGUCCCCAAUUAACGUCAAAAACAA